AUGGAGACCAAUGCGAUGCCGUCUCUUUCCGUUGACCGCACUCGCAUUGCAAUUACUGAAGUGACCAUCUUCUCCAUCAUUCAGCUCGUACGGUUUGUCACCAGAUUCAUGCAAGAAUGGCAGUACUGGCACCACAGGAAGGAAAAGAAUGUCCUCAGAUGCUUGCUUUACUCUUGGUUUGGUAUGCUGGGGGUUUUGGCGCAGCUUCGAAUUGCGGGCUCCGCGAUGGUGAUUGCGGUUUCCAAUCCGAGCAAGUCGGUAUGGACGGCAGAAUCCAUUCUGCAAAGUAUCGGACUAUCACCUCUGUUGUUUGAGGUGAGCCUUGUCCUACUGCGAAGUGGACAAGCUGGGCGAAGCGGUCCCGGAAACACAAGACACCCAACAUAUUUGCGUUUUCUGCUUCACGCCUUUCGCUUCUCAGUCAUCCUGUCUCUCGUCUGUGCCGUGGUGGGUGAGACGAUGGAUAUUCCCGCCUGUAUGGAUGUGGGCUCGGCCGUCUUCGUCAUUACCUUUGCAUUCGUGAUUAUUCUUGUAUUUUGGAUUGCAAUAGUUUAUCGCAUGGUUCUGCCCAAAAACGGUUACCGCGGGGUGAUGCUGGUCCUUGCCGCUCUGCCCUUUUUGGCUGUCAGAAUCACCUACUUCCUGCUGGCUGAGUAUGGGUCGGAGGAAUUCAACGCGGUCACUGGGAAACAUGGGAUCAAGGUUGGUAUUGGCCUGUCGAUGGAGAUUAUCGCCACAGUGCUUCUGCUGUUAUCACGAGGCUUGAUGGAGCCAUUUCGAUUCAAAAUUCUCCAUGCUGAGGAACUGGAGAGAGGGUAG